AUGUCGGGCAACUCCGCCCUGGCACGGAACCAUUACCACGACGACCUCUACCAUGACGGCUGUUACCAAGACGACUGCCAUCGCCUCGGUCCGUAUCAGUACGGCAAUGGGCACCUCCAAAAUCACUCGACAACAGUCGCUACGCUAACGGCGGUCACCGCGACGAUCCUUACAGUAACCGUAGUAACCGGAACCAUCACAGCAACCCGAGCCAGACCUCCAAGGGGGAAGGGGCGAGGAGAAGAGGGAGCCCCUGAGACAUUACCACCACAUCGGGAGAGAGGAGCUGGACUAUCAGGCACCCCUCCAGGGAACCUCCAGAAUGGUGGGCUGAAUGAGCCGCUGCCUUACCCCAAGGAGAAGCACCUCAACCCAGCCUCGGCCCCAGCCUGCUCCUGCCCCUGCCCACACCACAAACAGGUGGUGUAUAACAUUCAGUACAUCGCCAACUGUUUCCGGGAGCAACGGGCCACGUGUGCGAAAGGGGCGGAGUGGAAGAAGGUUGCCAAGGUGAUGGACCGGUUCUUCAUGUGGAUCUUCUUCAUCAUGGUCUUCCUCAUGAGUAUCCUCAUCAUCGGCAAGGCGACUUGACGGAGGGAGGGAGGAGAGAGAUGGAUGGAUAGAGGGAGGGAGGAAGGGAGGGAGGAGAGAUGAGAGGGAGGAGAAGAGAGGGAUGGAUGGA